AGAAAUGUCAAAUUUUGUGUGGGUUCUUUUUUAAAAACAGAAUUUGCAAAACCUAAAUGUCUCUCUGAGUAAAGACGAAACGGAAAAAAAAACCUGAGAAAUAUCAGUUGCAUUCAUUUUCGCCGACAUCGUUUUUAUUAAUUAAUAUUUGCUGCUAAUUUGUAGAACAUUGAAAAUAUUUCAAUUUAAUGAAAGCUUUUAAAUGUUUUGAUAUCAUGUAUUUCGUUUAAUACUACCAUCGUAAUGUGAUUAGAGUCCUGAUAAUAUAAAAUCAGCGAGAAAGAACGAAAUAGAGACAUUAACAAGUGGAGAAAAUGAAAGUAUGAUUUUUAUGUCUUGUGGCUGUUUAAAGUUCCUCUGUUAAAAUUCGGCCUUUCGUCCUCUCGGGAUCGAUAAAUAGUAAAUUCCAAUUGAACAUUGGGGUCGAUGUAAUCGAUUUAUCCUUUGCCUGAAUUUACUGGCCUUGUGCCAAAAUUUCAAAUCAUUAUUAUUAUUGAGAGCAGCAGCGCAGGCCAUCUUUAGUGACACUGGGAUAUAAACAUACGAAGCCCGUCUGAUGAGGGUACACCGGGCACAUGCUGUACAACGAUAUGUGCGCGACAUAGUGAUCUCAUAUCAAGGGUUUCUAAUGAUAUUGAGAUUUUGAAGACUAAAGAAUGACAUUACAAGAAAUACUUCACAGGGUGUCCUUGGUAAAGUGCCAUUAAUUUCCCAUUCCUGUAAUCCAUGGCAUCAAAAUUGACUGAGACUUUCCUCUUAUAUAACGUCUUUCAUCAGUUCUGAUUUGUAAGUUCCAGACAAAUGUAUAAGAUACCAACUUCAUUUGAAGAAAACGGUCUUAAUUGGAAAUAUCUACAGAAAUAUUUUUAUACUGAAAAUUAUGGGAGAAAAGUAACUUUCUGUUUAAUGAAAAACACUUGAAAUUAUGGAGAAGCUAAAUGAACGACUGGAUGAUAAUAGAAGAGAGACUGGCAAGACUGAGGUCUCUCCUCAUCACACAGAGAAAGUGUACAAGUGUGACAUAUGUGGGAAGUGUUUUAAAAUCAGAAGAUGUUUUAUACAACAUAAAUUACUCCAUAAACAACCUAAACACGUGUGUGAUAUAUGUGGGAAAAAGUUCUCUACUAAUCAAUGUUUAUCUAAACACAAACGUAUUCACACAGGAGAGAAGCCAUAUCAUUGUGACAUUUGUGAGAAAAAAUUCUCUGAAAAUUGUAUUUUGUUGAAACAUAAACGUAUUCACACUGGAGAAAAGCCAUUUCAUUGUGAUAUUUGUGGGAAAACAUUUGCUGAAAAUAGCAAUGUAUUGAUUCAUAAACGAAUGCAUACAGGCGAGAAACCAUAUCAGUGUAAUGUUUGUAACAAAGCAUUUUCAGUGAAAAGUAAUUUAUCAAAACAUAAACGUACUCAUACAGGCGAGAAACCCUAUCGUUGUGAUGUCUGUGAUAAAACCUUCUCUGCUAAUGACACUUUAUUCAACCACAAACGUAUUCAUACGGGAGAAAAACCAUAUCAUUGUGAUGUCUGUGGGAAAACAUUUUCUGAAAAUAGAUCUUUGUCUACUCACAAGCGUAUUCACACCGGAGAAAAACCAUACCAUUGUGAUAUUUGUGGUAAAGCAUUCUCCAACAGUAGUUCUUUAUCGACUCACAAACGUAUUCACACAGGAGAAAAACCUUACCAUUGUGAUGUGUGUGGUAAAACAUUCUCUAAAAGCAGUAACAUAUCCAUUCAUAUUCGCAUUCACACAGGAGAGAAACCAUAUCGUUGUGACAUUUGUCGCAAGACAUUCUCUGAAAAUAGUACUUUAUCUAAGCAUAGACGUAUCCAUACAGGAGAAAGGCCAUACCAUUGUGAUAUCUGUGAUAGCACAUUCAAUAAUAAUAGUUCAUUAUCUACACACCGGAAAUUUCACACAGGAGAAAAACCAUAUCAUUGUGAUAUCUGUGGCAAGACAUUCUCUGUUAGCAGUUCUUUAUCGAAACACAAACGUACACACACUGGAGAAAAACCUUACCAUUGUGACAUUUGUGGUAAGACAUUCUCUGAAAGUAGUUCUUUAGCCAAACACAAACGUACACACACUGGAGAAAAGCCAUACCUUUGUGAUAUUUGUGGUAAAUCUUUCUCUGAUAGUAGCUCUUUUUCUAGACAUAAACGCAAUCAUUCAGGAAAAAUCUUACCAUUGUGAUUUGUGCGAAAGUACAUUCACUACUUGUAAUUCAUUCUCUACACCAGUGGUUCUCAAUCGGGGUCUAUAUGACUCUUUGAGGUCCAUGUGACCACUUGGGGUCCAUAUAAGACUUUUGGCAGUCCACACAAGCAAAAUAGUAAAUGGGGUCCACAAGUAGUAGUUUAUGGACCCAUGAAAAAUUUUGCUUUAGAUUCAUUGGAAAAAAAAAACAGAUUUCUUUAAUGUUUUACAUAGUUCAGACUCUACAAGUGAACAUCAUCAUCAUUUAACAUCCACUUUCCAUGCUGGCAUGGGUUGGAUGGUUUGACCAAGGACUGGUGAGCCAGAAGGCUGCACCAAGCUCCAAUCUGAUCUGGCAAAGUUUCUACAGCUGGAUGCCCUUCCUAACACCAACCACUCCGAGAGUGUAGUGGGUGCUUUUACGUGCCACCAGUAUGAGGGCCAGUCAGGUGGCUCUGGCAACGACCAUGCUCAAAUGUUUUUCAUGUGCCAGUAAGGUGACGCUGGCAACGAUCAUGCUCAAAUGGUGCUUUUUACAUGCCACCAGCAUGGGAGUCAAUCCGUAGCCCAGAUGUGCCUUUAACAUUCCACUGGCACGAGUGCCAAUCAGGCGAUACUGCCAUCAGCCACAUCAGCGAUUUUGAGGUGAAACGCAAAAUAGGAAGCAUCUAUAAAACUAGUUUUUAAACAUCAAAUGGCCGGGGGUGAGGUCACCAGAAUAAAACAGUAAUCAAAGGAUUUGAUAGGCAAAAAAUGGUAGAGAACCACUGAUUUUCACACUAAAGAUAAACCAUCCACCAGUGUGAUAUCUGCAGAAUAUAGUUGACAAUACUUCUUUCUGAAAACCACAUUUUCAUUGAGAGAGAUCAUUCUUCACAAUUCUCCAACUUGGUACUGAUGCUCUUCCCACCCCAACGUUUUUAUUUUUGGUUCUGUGAGGAAAUAUGGCUGUGCUUUUGACCGUUGUAGACUCUGUGACUGGGUCACAGUUGGUGCAACAAAAACUUUGAUACCAAAUAAUAAAUAUUUAAGUGAA